AUGCUUAAAAUUAUGCAGUGGAAUGCACGAUCCGCUAUUUCGAAUAAAAAUAGUCUCUCUCAUUUUCUUUCACACAAUAAUAUUGAUAUUGCUCUAAUAAGCGAGUCCUGGUUCAAGCCUAAUCAAACGGUUAAGUUUAAGGGUUACAGCGCGGUCCGUACGGACAGGCGCGAUGGUAAGGCUGGUGUAGCUAUUCUCGUUAGGCAAGGAAUUACAUACUCUCAUAUUGACUUUGAUGGAUCUUUUAACAAUGACAUUAUGGUCUGCGGCUGUCGCAUAUCUAGUGGGAAUGAUCACAUUUCAUUUGUUUCCCUUUACAAGCCACCUAACAUACACUCAACGUUAUCCGACUGGGAAGCUAUAAUCACUAAAGCUUCUGGUUCAGUGGUUAUUGGCGGAGAUUUUAACGCCCAUUCAGCUGUUUGGGGAUCAUACAGAGAGGAUGCUACAGGUCGACAGAUUUUGGAAUUAUGUGAGGAGUCAAACUUAGUCAUUCUGAAUUCUGGUCCCCAACAAGAAUUGCUGCCCCUAACUUUCAGGCUUCAACGCCUGAUCUAA